GAAUAUGCGGACAAACUAUAAAUGGGAUUCCAUACAAAUUUUCUUUUAGUAAUGAUUUCUUUAAAAAAAUACAAAAUAGAGGGAAUAUGAAGCUGACGCUAAUUCCCCUGUACAUUGCACCAAACCCUCUGCAACUUGGAACCCAUCCUUAUCUCAAAUCUCUUCGUCAAGUCUCUCGAAUCAUCGAAUCUUUUAUAUUCUCCAUUUCAUUUUCUUUCCGUGAUACAAAGAGUUUGCUCAGAAGGAAAAAAAAAGAAGCAGCUAACAUUUUCUAGAAACGGGUAUCAUCGAUCUGAAAUAUGAAUCUGACGAUGGACGCCGGAGGUGGAGGCGGAGGCGUUUCCGGUGGUGCGACGGAGUUUUUUCAGGUUCGUUUGAACCAUAGACACGAUCCAAAGGAGAAUCAGUGUUCUUCUGUCCUCGUUAAGCAUAUCAAAGCGCCUGUUCAUCUCGUUUGGUCUCUGGUGAGGAGAUUUGAUCAGCCACAGAAGUACAAGCCCUUUGUCAGUAGAUGUGUGAUGAAUGGUGAUUUUGGAAUCGGCAGUGUUCGAGAGGUAGACGUUAAAUCUGGCCUCCCAGCUACCACAAGCACCGAGAGACUGGAGCAAUUGGACGAUAAUGAGCACAUUCUUGGUAUCAAAAUCGUCGGUGGUGAUCACAGGCUUAAGAACUACUCAUCAGUUGUUACAGUACAUCCAGAGAUAAUUGAUGGAAGAGCUGGCACAAUGGUAAUCGAGUCAUUCGUGGUGGAUGUACCAGAAGGGAACACCAAAGACGAGACUUGUUACUUCGUGGAAGCUCUUAUACAAUGCAAUCUCAAAUCUCUGUCCAGUGUUUGCGAAAGAAUGGCUGCUCAGGACAGCACAUGAGUUAUGGGUCGGUACUGAUUAUUCUUCCUCAAACCAUAGGAUCGUAAGCAACAUUGGUAAGAGAAAUUGAUUAUGUAACGAACUUAUUGGCUUCUUGUACUGUAUUUUCCUUUUUUAUCCGUUGGAAUGUAUAUAGCAGAAGAGUUGUGCAUAGUAUAUUAUUGAGUGUCCAAGUUCUAGACAUCUAGUACUCCUUUAGGACAGGUUCAUGGCUGAACCAUCAUCCACGUGAGUGUACUGGUUGUAUAAGCUAUAAAUAGUAGUAGCUGUUUAAUU